UCUUUUUAAAUUUCCGUUUGCAUUCCAAGAAGUUGACUUUUGUCGCCAAUUUUGCUGCUGUUAGAUUGUGUUGUAGACGAAGGGACUGGGAAGGGAUUCGAUUUGGUCAUCCUCAUAGUCUUCACAAAAUCGAUCCAUAAGGGUGGGAGUUUGGUUGCGUAAUCUUCAUUUUAUGAACCAGUGAACAGUCUAUCGAGAUUUCAUCUAAAUCGCAGGACAUCGGCCACCACAACAUCGAAAAUGUUUGCAAAUCAGCAGUUAAUCGUUCUUUAUAAAGCAUUAGGAUUUAUUCGAUUUCCUGGUACUAAUUUCUAUUCGAUUUCCUAGUACUCAUCAAAAAACGAUAUUGCAAGGUUAGCAUCUCUUUACCUGUACAUGUUCUUCUUUGUGCGUGUUUGUUACUCUAUUGUGGUUCAUGAAUUUUUUCGCAUCUCAAUUGGUGAACUGCAGUUAUAACUUUUGAUUUCAAUUUCAAGUUUAACGUCUAAUCUGAUCAACCAACCUGUAAUGUAUCUUUGAUAUAUUGGGAUUUUCAGUGGUAUGUUUGUUAGUAAUGGGAUUAGAAAUUUCAAAUUAAAACCAAAAACAAAUGUGUGAAGGCCAAUGGUUUUGGGGACGUUUUGUUUGUGGCUAAUCUCUAUGUCCAAUGUCAAGAGUUGGUUGAUCUUGUAAAAAGUUAGGAUAAAUCUUCCUUUUCCCUGACUUUCUAUGUUAAUUAGUUGUUUUUUUUGGUUAUAUUUUAUUGGGAAUUUAUUUUUAUGCUGUCCCUGACGAAAAUUUCUUGUUCCGCCCUUGGUUUGUUAAUCUUUUUGGCUUUAUAUAUCAUCAGUGAAACUGAAACCUCAUCAUCCUUGUGCCUUUGCAGUUGUUAUAAUCUGUUUUCUUGAAAACAAACAAAUCAUGUCGUUCCUGGAAAAGUUUGGUCACUUAAGAAUUCCACUGGAAGAGAUAAGAGGAGCAACAAACAACUUUGCUGCAAAAUAUUUAAUUGGGCGUGGUGGUUCUGGAAAGAUCUACAAAGGAGUGCUCAUCCGGCCAGGAGGCUCUGUCAGGGUCGCAUUCAAGUUGCUUGAUAGAGCAUUCGUCCAAGGAUCAUCAGACUUCUGGAACGAGAUUAUCCUUCUUUCUGAAUGUCGACAUGAAAAUAUCAUAAACUUUGUUGGCUUCUGUGAUGAGGGGAACCAGAUGAUCCUUGUCUACGAGUUUGCAAGAAACGGAAGCCUCGAACUACAUUUACGUAGCGCUGACCUCACUUGGUUGAAGCGCCUCCAAAUUUGCCUUGGUGCAGCUCGUGGCUUAAGUUAUCUUCAUAACCAACAGAGAAUCAUUCAUCGUGACUUGAAGAGCGCACAUAUUCUAUUAGACCAAAAUUGGCAUGCAAAGAUAGCUGAUUUUCGGUUAUCCAAAUUUGAUCCGGCAAGUAUGAUGAAUGCUUUCCUUUUUACAGAUAUGGUUGGUACACUCGGCUACAUGGAUCCUCUGUACAUUGAAACUGGUCUUCUAACAAAAGAGUCAGACAUUUACGCUUUUGGGAUUGUAUUAAUGGAAGUUCUUUGUGGGAGACUGGUAAAUCAAGAGGGGAAAAUGGUACGCCGCCAUUAUGAAGAAAGAAAACUCACCGAAAUCAUAGAUCCAAUUCUAAGAAAACAAAUGAGCGCAGAUUCCUUGGAUCUUUUUUCUGCUAUUGCAUAUCAAUGCCUGAAAACAGAACACAAGGAACGCCCAUCGAUCAUUGAGGUUGUGGAAAAGCUUGAGCGGGUUUUGGAACUUCAACCAAAAUUUGAGGAGGCGUUAGCACAUCAACAAGUUGCAGAUAAUUUGAAAGACAGACGAGAAGGUGAAGAGGACUUCAAGGUUGCACAUAAUUUGAAAGACAGACGAGAAGGUGAAGAGGACUUCAAGGUGAAAACGAUGGAACAUAUGAAGAUCCCAUUAAAAGAUAUAAAGUCAGCAACUCAUGAUUUUCAUGAGCAUUUUAAAAUUGGAAGGGGUGGAUUUGGGGAAGUAUACAAAGCAGAUCUCUUCCACUUCGAUUUCAGAAAAUACAUUGCAGAGAAUAGAUUUCAAAGGCUUUCUUUGGCAGAACCCUCAGACUACCCAAAAAGACAAAGCACAGUUGCUAUUAAGCGGUUAGAUCGUAGAUAUGGACAAGGACCUGCACAGUUCUUGCAAGAACUCUCGAUGCUUCCAUAUCUUACACACAAAAACCUUGUCACACUUGUUGGAUUUUGUGAUGAAGAUCGUGAGAAUAUUCUUGUUUAUGAGUAUGCCCCAAAUGGAAGCCUCCAUGAUCAUAUUCAUAGUCCUAAUACCACAAAUAGUCAUACAUGGGCAAGACGUCUUCAGAUUUGCCUCGAUGCUGCCUCUGGGCUUGAGUUUCUCCAUAAUGGUAUUGGAGAACAUUAUAGGAUAAUACAUCGAGAUAUAAAGAGCUCCAACAUUUUAUUAGGCCAAAACUACAUUGGUAUGAUUAGUGACUUUGGGUUGUCAAAAAUUGGUCCUGCCAAUCUAGAAGCCACCUUUGUGAUGACUCAAGUUGCUGGCACACCACUAUAUAUAGAUCCACAAUAUCAAAAAACAGGUUUGCUAACAAAAGAGUCUGAUAUUUAUUCGUUUGGGGUGGUUUUGUUUGAAGCAUUGAGUGGAAGGUUGGUUCAUUUCCAAAGGUCUAAAGAUGACCCAGAAUUUCUGCUCAAGAUGGCUAAACGUUGCUUCGAGAAAAAAAUUAUCAAUGAGAUUAUCGACUCGAAGUUCAAGAAAGAAUUCGAGAAAUCCGGCUCUUCCAUUCUAGAUGACGAAACCUGCCCAGAUUCCAUAAAGAUAUAUGCAUCAAUUGCAUAUAAAUGUUGCAACGAAAAACGAGAGGACCGUCCUACAAUAGCUGAAGUCGUGAAAGAACUUGAGAAAGCAUUGAAGUCUCAUGUAAACCGGGUGGAGGCCUUUAGAAUAACACUUGGCGACAUUAGAUCUGCUACAAAUGACUUCCGUGAUAAAAUAGAGCAAGGACCAGUAGGCGAGGUGUACUGUGGAGAACUUCAGUACUUAAAGGGACAUGGCACAGUUACCAUAAAGCGGCUCUGUGCUUCAGUGGAUUCUUCUGGAGAAGAAUUUAUUAAGGAGAUUGCAAGGCUUUAUAGUUAUAGCCAUGAGAAUGUUGUUCCAGUUUUAGGAUUUUGUGAAGAAGGGACUGAGAGGAUCAUUGUUCUUGAGCAUAUGGUUAAAGGAAGUUUAAAAGAUCAUCUAACCAACAGUAGUCUGAUGUGGAAACAACGACUCAAGAUAUGCAUAGAUGCUGCAUAUGGGAUAGCUUACAUUCAUAGUCAUGCUGAGACAGAACAGAUGAUUCAUGGUGACUUAAAAAGCAGUAGCAUUCUACUUGGAGAUGACUGGAAAGCUUCUAUUUCUGAUUUCAUCGUUUUCAAAGGUGCAGGCACUUUAGGUUAUCUUGAUCCACUCUAUCCCAACACAAGUUCCCUUACACUGGAAUCGGAUGUUUAUUCUUUUGGGGUUGUUUUAUUUGAAAUCUUAUCUGGGAGAUUGGCAACUGAAACGAUUAUAAUUGAUCAGCAACUGCCACUUGGUGAAGUCCCAAAUGUUGAACCUCAACUUAUAAACAGUGCAAGAGGUUCAGGCGACGACGAGCGAAUGAUUUUUCUUGCAAAUUGGGCAGCAAAAUGCUUCAAAAACAAAAAAGUAGAAGAUAUUAUCUUUCAUGCUAUAAAGAAAGAAAUUGACCCAAUGUCCUUGGUGAUAUUUUCAACGAUUGCAAACCAAUGCUUGAGGGAACAACGGACUGAUCGCCCAACAAUGACUAAGGUUGUAGAAGAACUUGAAAAAGCCCUUGAUUGCCAAGAUGAGUGGGAAUGGGAGCAAAAACUACCUACGGAUUAUAAAGAAAUAAUCCAGAUGUCAAAACGUCCGGUGGCCUCUACAAUCAGAAAGAAGGAUAUCCAUUCCCUCCUGUCAUCGGGAAUGCUACUUCACAACGAAAAAUGGUUUUCAAUAAGCAUGGAUGGAGCAAGAAAUGAAAUGGCAUCUGCAAAAACAUUUUCAUACGGUGAUGUUUCUUCUGUGAAGUGGAAAUCUGUACAAAAAUCAAGAUUCCCAAAGGUCGCAAGGAUACCUGAUAUCUCAAAUCUCAAUAUCAAAAUUAAGAUAAAAACUCAAUUUCUAACUCCAGAGAUGAUGUAUGGAGCUUACCUGGUGUUCAAGUUUUGUGAUAAAAGAAAGGUUUCUAGCAGGCCGUUAUACGUGAACCUAAAAUAUAAGAAGGCAGGUGAGACCUUAAGUGCAUAUUUUGCAGAGUGGGAAGUUGGAACCGAGUGGUUGAAAGUCAAACUGUUCCAAUUUUCGAGUAAUAAUGGAAGUAUCGAUGUUGAGAUUCUACUAGAAAGCUUGUCUCAGUAUUAUUGUGGCAGAGGGGCCAUAUAUAUUGAAGGCAUAGAGUUUCAGGCCAUUCGAAGUGUUGACUUUGAACAUAAUAACGAAUUGAAGGAUGGAACAAACAGUGAAGGAGUUUUGAUCAAUACACAGUUGGACAUGGACUGGGUGGAAAAAAUGUUAUAUCGUUACGAAAAAAUUAUCAGGAGGUAUGGGAAGAAUGUCCAUGUUGCCAAUGGAAUUGAUAAUAAAGAGGUGAUUUAUCGCCUUCUUUCUGAGGGAAUUCAUAUUGACAAGGGUGAAAAGUUUUUCUCACUAAGCAAAGCGAUGAAGAAUUGCCACAUGCUAAGGGCAUCAUCAGUUAUAUACAAUUCCUUAAACUUAAGGUUCAGCACGCCUCCAACUGGAUUAAGGUGCAGAUUUGCAAAGGUUGCAAAAAUUCUGUCUCACCAGGAUUUCCGUAUCAAAUGUGAUAUAGAGACACAAAUGCUCUCAUCAGAUGCAACCUAUGCUUGUUUCCUUGUGUUCAAACUUUCAAAAAAAUGUCGUGGGCUCAAGUGCCCAGUGAAAGCACGUGAUCUAGUACCCCAUAGAAAGGAAAGAACCAAAAUCAUUUCUUUCAGGUACCCAAGCACAGUGAAUUUAGACAAAAUCAAAUGGAUUCCAGAACAGAGAGAAGAUGGAUGGAUGGAGGUUAAAGUGUGGGAAUUUAACGUUGAUAACACGCAUAAUGAUGAGUUUGUUCCUAUGGAUUUGAAGCUGACAUGUUUUGAAGGAAAUAUGUCUGGUUUUAUUGUGUAUGGCAUUGAGUUCCGUCCUAUAGCGUAAGUGUAUAUUAAGUAACAUUUAUACAUGUUCUUCUAAGUUUAUGGUAAUCUGUUAUUACAUCUUUUGUGCUUUUAUAUUAACUUAAUAAAGGGUCAAUAGAAGAUAGUUCCUCAA